GCCCAGCUGGGAGGAAUUCUCCUGAGUUUCAUCGGACGCAUCCGACCGAUUGCUGAAAAGACAGGGAUAUGCAAAUCCAACCUCCCAAGGACUGGCAGCCGCCCUUUGCCUGCGAUGUCAAAAGCUUCUGCUUCACCCCUCGGGUACAGCGCCUCAACGAACUAGAGGCAAUGACCCGUGUCAAACUCGACUUCUUGGAUCAGCUGGGAAAAUUUUGGGAGCUGCAAGGGUCCGCGCUCAGAAUUCCAGUGGUGGAUGGCAAGCUGUUGGGUGUGUAUGCACUGAGCAAGGUGGGCGUGCAGGGACAGGUGGUUCUGCAGAUAAACAACAUACGCAUUAGCAUCUUGCAGUGUCUUCUGCGCCAGGAUUAAAUGGUUUACUGUAAUUAAAUAACUGCAGGAAGUUUAUAUAAUUACACCUUUCUAAAAGAACAGAAAGGGCCUUAUUGCCCAGAGCCAUCCGUAGACUGUUACCUUCUUUCC